AUGAAGAUUCUGGCCAUUUUGGCCCCGCUGGUGCUGGCGGAGCUGCUGGAGGACUCCUGCGGCAAAGCUGGCGGGUCGUCCAAAACGGCCGCCCUGCUGCAGCUGCCCAAUGUCAAUCAGAGCCAGAAAUUGACGAUCCACUCACUGGAUGAUGGGCUUCCCAUGGCCCGAGUCAUACCCUCUUGGUCCUCACCUCGAGCUGUGCAGCAUUUAUCUUCCCGCCAGAUAGGGCUUCUGCUGAGCUCUUUGUUGGUCUGUGUCAUAUUCAGUCACGUCUCCCACACGGAACUCAUCUCAUCCAUUUGCUCUUGGAUUGCUGCCAGUAUUUGUACAAACCUGCUGAACAAAGAGGCUGCAAGCUCCUUUUCCGCGAUGUGUUUGUUGGUGAUCAUUCAGAUGUGGAUUGCCAACGUGGUGGUGAUCUUAAUCCGUUUCGAUGACUUGCAGCUACCGAGUGCCAGGGAUUUCGUCCGUUGGCUGCCGGUGUCCUUCCUGGUAUCUGGCAUGCUGGGAACCUCCAUCUUCGCAUUGGAAGGUACAACAGUGAGCACCGUGAAUAUCAUUCGAAACGUGCUCCCCAUCGUGACAUUUAUCUUGGAGAAGAUCUUAUUCAAUAGUCCUCGACUGGUGAAACCCGGCCAUAUUUUGUCCAUGGUGCUGACGCUCUUUGGGACGACCCUAUAUGGAAUCUCCAACUUUUCUGUCACCACCUGGAGUUUGGUCAUGAUUUUGCUUGGGACGCUCCUGACAGUGGUCGACAAAUUACUACAGCGGCACUUGCUCAUGAGCCCUGAUUUCAAGCAGCCUUUGGCGGUUUGUAUGAUCAUGAACAACACCUUCGGGAUGCUUCCCUUGCUGCUGGUGGCGCUGAUGACGGGUGAAAGCAAGGUCUGGCCUCGGCUGCUAGAGGUUUCACCUUGGGGCACCUGGAUGACCCUGGUGGGCUCGGGACUUUCGGGCUGCUGCCUGGGGUUCUACGGCCUGGCGGUGUCCAGGCUGAUCACCGCAGCGUCCGUGCUGAUGCUGCAGAACAUGAGCAAGGUGCUGGUGAUUCUGCUCUCCGUGUUGCUGCUGGGCGACGAUUUGUCUGGUCUUUCGGCGCUGGGCUGCGUGCUGUCCAUGGUCGGCUCCGCGUGGUAUGGCUACGUGUCGCUCAGUGGGCGCCAGGCAGAAGCACUGCUGGAGGCGCGGGAGGCGUGUGGCCAAGGGCAGGUGAAGGAGCCCUGGGGAGGGGUUGGGGGUGCUUGGGGGUCCAACUUCAUCAGUGGGUAA